AUGCUUCUUGAAGAUGAUGCUGUCUCAUAUGUCUCGCCAGUUAUACCCCACACCAACAAAAAGCUAUCAGAGCCGAUCAGUGAGCUAGAGUUAUUCUACACGAGAGAGGGAGCGGAUCCAGAACAACCUAAUCUAAGUAGACCAAUGUUUGUUAAGAAACAAAAAAACAUAAGAACACUUGUCUUGAGGAAUGAAAACCACAUUGUUAAUUCGAGUCACCUCAAGAAGCAUAUGUCAACCACGCUAUCCAUUCCUAGCAGCGAAAGAGUGCUUCUGGAAGUUUUGUCACUGUCUAUUUUCUUAUCUACAGAGAACAAGACUUCUACCAUGUCAACUCGCCCUAUUUCAAAAGAGUCCAAUUCAUCUCCCGACAGCACAGUAUUGGAGAAUUUAACCUUUUCUCCAGAUACACAUCGACCCACUGUCAGAGAUGUGCAUACAAUCGAAAGCACGCACGAAUACCAAUUAGAGCCUGAUCUAUGGGGAGAAACAAAUAGUAUCUCCUCAACAUCAUCAUUUGUGGCCUUCCAGCAGAAGUUUAAAGAAAAAUAUAGGUCGUGCUUGAGUAAGGGCAAGAGCUUAAGGCAUCAUAAUAAUUUACACGUUCUGUUCAGAUCUCCGCUAAGAUCUCCUAGAAGCUCCGAUGACUUCAUGGGGAUACACAUUAAUGUGCGUGCACAGCCGCUUGAGGGUCAUCAUUCAAACUCACACGGGUUCAAAAAAAUCAGAGACGUCUUUGUGAAAAGAGUAUAA